AUGCGGUCGAUAAAGGGACUCACAAGGGCGCUGAACGACAGCGGUCGGUUCAAGUACAAGUCUCCAGAAUCUGUGGUUGACUACUUGGUUGUGGGUGGAGGUAUUGUGGGACUUGCCAUCGCGCAACGACUAUGCCAAAAGUUCCCAUCAAAAUCGACAUAUCUUCUCGAAAGACAUGCACACGUAGGAGAAGAAAUAAGCUCGCGCAACUCCGAAGUCAUUCACUCAGGCCUUUACUAUCCUCCCGACUCGCUCAAGACGAGUUUGUGUCUACGGGGACGCAACCUGAUGUAUGAACGUUGCAGAUCAAACAAUAUCCCCUUCAAACAAACAGGAAAGCUGGUAGUCGCCAGGGAGGAUCAGUGUGCCUACAUCGAAGGGCUAUACACCAAAUCCUUGAAAUUAAGGUGGCCAGCACACUCCCCUGAAGAUGCACAAAAGGAGCUCGUCUUGCCCACGAAGCUGCUAUCAAGAGAAGAGACGAGGGAAAUGGAACCGGACUUAAGCCCGGACAUCGUGGCUUCUCUGUGGUGCCCUCAGACAGGCAUCCUCGACUCACAUUCGUUCAUGGAGAGCCUAGAAAAGGAUAUCAUGGAAUCAGAAGGCGGUGAAAUCGUGUAUGCGACCAACGUUGUCCGAAUUGACCCGUACCAGAAGUCGACGUCCUCGGUGCAAGGAGUACCCGACGUGGGUGCCGUCGACCAUGGCUGGGUAGUCCAAGCCAAUUCGGAAGGCGAAGAGCCUUAUGCGGUGCUGGCGCGGAAUCUUAUCAACUCGUCGGGUUUGUCAAGCACGUUGGUCCUCAAUGCCGUCCUUCCUCAGGAGAAGCGGAUCCCAACGUACUAUGCCCGAGGCUCUUACGCUUCUUAUCAUGGGCCAGGCGUUUCAAGCGUCAAACACCUUAUCUACCCAUGUCCACACACAGGCCCUAACGCACAUGCCUUCGAAUCUUUGGGAACUCACUUGACCCUCGAUUUGCAAGGUAAAAUCCGGUUCGGGCCUGACAUCGAAUGGAUAGACCCUCCAGCGUCGGACAUCAAAGACAACGAAGAAGAUUCAGAAAUCUGGACGAAGCUGCUGGUCCCAGAUGAAUUGAGGUUGCACGACAUGCACCAGGCGGUCAGAAAUUACUUGCCGGGAGUGACGUUCGAUAGUCUGCAGCCUGACUAUGUUGGCAUCAGGCCCAAAUUGAUACCACCAGGAAGAGGAUUCCAAGAUUUUUCCAUCAGGAGUCAUUACCCUGAUGUCGACGCGGAAAGGAAGAGGAGAGGCGCCAUGGUCAGCCUACUGGGCAUAGAGUCUCCAGGCUUAACUUCCAGUCUUGCCAUUGCGGAAAUGGUAGUUGAGGACAUGCUGAGAUUGGAGGCGUAG